GUAUUUUAGACACAAUCGAGCAGGCAACACACACUUGAAAAUUUAAUGUGAGUUCAGAGCUUGAUUCGGGGAAAACAGUUCUAGCAGUUCGAGCGUCAUGGACGAGGAACUCGCCAAUCCGCCGGUUGAUCCGAGCAUAGAACCGAGUGACUAUUCGCGGGGUCGCUUCGUCAGCCGGAGCACCAUCACAUUGACGCGCGGCAUGGACUCCACCCGACUGCUCUACAUGGGCGACAACUUCCAGCAGACGCGCAGCGACCAGGACAUCUUCUUCGACUGCCAGGGUCCGGCGGAGGACUCGCCGAAGGAGGGACGCAGUGCCGCCAGUCGCUGCAAGCUGGACGACCCGGCGGCGAUAAGAGAGGCAUUAGAAAGGGCCGCCAACGCCACCCAGAUGCUGCUCAAGAAUUUCGACAAGGCAGGCGGUUGGAAUCAACCCUGUGCCGUCACCCUGGAGCUCACAGCGCGACUGGUGGACCCAAAGAAGGGUCGUGCCGGCUGUCCGCUGCACGGGAAGCCCGUCACCGUCCAGAUGCCACUGGAGUUCAAUCCGCAGAGUGGCAGGGGGCUCACCUGCCAGCAAAAGCAUCCGCCGCCGCGCAAGGAGUCCAUCUGCCAGUGCCGCUCCCACCACCAGGCGAUGCGUCCUGCAUCCCGGGCGCCCAAGGCCAACUCAGAAUGCCCGGCUCUGAUGUACGUGCAGCAUGAGCGACAUUCCGACAGCGACCCCAACUCCCGCCACCAACAGACCGAGCAAUCCUACCUGAAAGAUCACUGGAAGCCGUCGAAGACCCCACAGUCCGAGCCAUCCGAGUGCGAGGAUCCGCAUGCCAAGCCCUCGCAGACGGAGGCCUCCUAUUUGCGGGAACACCACACGCCCAAGAACCCGCAGUCCCAGCCGCAAUCGGAAGUCCCAUUGGAGGAGGUUGGUCCUUCUUGCUCCUGCAAGGACAAGCGAUCCAAGUCAGCCGAUCCACCGGCGGUGAAGAACCCACCUACAUGUACCUGCCACACGGAGACCCUUCCCUGUGGAAUGGGCAAGCCAGCCGUCCAGAAGAAGCCCUGCUCCGUGAGAACCUCGUUGUCCGAAAGGAGUGGUCAGGCUUCCUCGUUCAAGAGUGCUCUAACCGCUUGCACCAAGGAGCUCAUCGAUCACUCCUGCACCUGUGGCUCCUCCCAACCACCCUACUGGGCGGGGCAAAGCAACGUGGUUAGCGGACAAUCCAUGGAUCCCAGUCACUCCAAGGCCAGCGAGCCCUACUUUAUGAGCAACUUCACCAUCGCUCCCCUGGGGGAACCGGGCAAACCCAAGAGCAAGCACUCGCGAUCCAAGAGUUUGGCCAGUCUGCCCGAUAAGUCGAGUCGCCCGAAUCAGAGCGGGGUGACUUGGUUGUCCGCCCUAAAGGAUCCGGACACCGAAGGCUGUCCCAGCAAUGCCACCCAGACCAACCAGGAUCAAUCAAUGUCUUCCUUUCCUCCCAGCCAGACUAACUAUCGCAGCAUGACAACCAAAUCAAGUGCUUCCCGGUCGAGGAACCCGUACAGUCAACCCUCCUUUGGGUUGGACGUAGACACCUCGGCCACCACACGAUCGCAGUCGAUAGUGGGCAAGAUCACCUGUCUGUGCGGCUCGGAGCAGCAGCCUAACUUUGUGGCUAAGCUGACUCAUCAGGAUUGCUUAGAAUGUGCUGGGGAGAGCAGAAUCCAGCCAUGCGCCUCCACCAGGAUACAGCAUCCAUCGGGAUUCUCACAGUUUGAGGAUUGCCAGGAGCCCGGUGCCUCUUUCCGUUCCAGGAAAGUCAGCAUGAAGGAUCACGAAGGAGAGUUCUGCGACUGUGAUGAUUCGGACAAGUCCUCUGACCUGUCCGAUCCCAUCCAGACCAGUCUCCACACGCACCGCAGUCUCUCGGGCGGCAGUUGCCUCUGCAAUGACGAUGAGCCUCCUGGCCAGGAUCCCUCGAAAUCAGAGUGCGUCAGCAAGGAGUGCCAGUGCUAUCUGAAAGAUGAUCUACCAGAAAUGCAGAGUGCCCAGGAGGGCACAGGCUUCCAGACACCCGAGGAUCUCUGCGGGAAUAAGAGCAUGGCCUGCUGCACUCGCAAACAGCGCAUCAUGCAGUUGAUGGAGAAGCUUACCUCCUCCGGAUGCGAUUGCGGCGAAUCUCGCGCCUGUCUGAUCCAACAGCUUUUCCGGGAAAUGACUUUACUGCUGAGAUCGGAGAAAGAGGAUGCAGUGGCCCCGGCUGACGAGCCAAGUCCACCUUGUCUGCACUUCGAUGAGUGCUGUGCGGCCCAACAUGACGGCAAAAAUGAGGAGGAACCCGGGGAGAAGCCCAUGUCCAAGAGACAGAUCCAACGAGUCGAGUGCUUCCAUCAGCUGGAGGAAUACCUCCGCAAGUGCUACCUUCCGCCGCCAGAACCGGAGAUCCCAGAGACGGAUAUCUACGCCUUCGAACUGGAUCCAGACUUUCCACCAGACGAAGAACCCCAAAAACCUUGCAAUGAGUCAGGGAAAAUGCCACCUUGCCAGGAGAAAUACUUUAAUCUUGGCAAUCCCUUGACCUGUUCAGGUGAUGGCCUAGAUGGCGAUUUUUUCCGUGACUGCGAGGAAGUUGAGGAGGAGGAGCACAAGUGCGACUGCAAAGAGGAGUGCCAAACCACCGAGCCGCAGGAUCUUUGCCAGUCGCUGAGAGCCUUCAUCGACAAGGAACUGCAGGAAAUUCUAGAGGCGGAGAAACAAAAGGAGGGCAACGAACUGGAACCGCAAAAAACACCGAGUAUAAUACUAAAGGAAAUCUGUGAGGGAUCCGCGACCAAAGUGCCCAGCGAAAGAGAGGAGAAAACCGAUCCCGUUGAGUGUCCAUUUGCCGGCAUGGUUUCCUGUCCUCGGAAGGACUGGGCGUCCUAUCCCUACAACUUUGAUCCCUGUGCGCAGAAGGACCCAGGUCCCAAGGCUCCACGUACCGGUUUGCUACCCGAUGGACCCCUGCCACCCAGUGUGAGGAAUCUCUGCGAGCAGCUGCUCCGCAAGGCGCUCAAGGAUUGUGGGCUAUGUGGUGGCGAUGAGACAACUCUGCACUCCUGCGAGGAGGAAGAGGCCGUCGAAUGCCCGCCCGAAUGCGAUCCAUGCAAGGAAGACGGUCCUUUGGAGGAAUGCCCAGAUGAAUGUCCACAGGAAUGCCCCGACGAAGGCGAGGAGGAGGAGUGCCUGGCGUGCCUGACCAAGGAGGCGCCCGAACAGGGAUGCCUCUGCUGCCACUGCCGCGCCCUCAUCUGCGACGAGGAGUGCAAGACGGUCUCCAAAACCCUGCGCUCGGCCAUGUGCGAUCCACUCUGCGAAAUGAAAUACUUUAUAGACUCGAUGAUCAUAGAUCUGCACGCCAUGGACUGUGUGCUGGGCAACAAGCAGGCAAAGCCCAAGAACAUUAGGGCAAAUGAUGCAACCAAUAGGACAGGACCUGGGGAUAGUUUCCCGGCUACGAUUUCAUGCGUCACCAGUCUGGGUUGCACCGCUCUCUACGUCAGAUGGAAAGUGGAGGACUGUCGCGCCAUAGCAGGAUUCGAGAUUUACGUGGAUGGGCAUUUGACCAACAGAUUCUACAGUUUUCGCCACGAGGCCGGAGUGAUAACCAACGUGGAUGUGACCAAUCCCCACCAGAUUGUGCUGCGUGCCCAGGCGGUGGGUCAGGACUUUCCCGGCGAGGAUGGGGGCAGGGGGAAGCCCCAGGAAUGCGGCUGCCGGGCGGUGGCACUUUCCCAUCCGGAACUGUCGGCCGGAGCUGAGAGGCCGUGGAUGCCCAGUGUCUUCUAUUACGAUCCCAACCAAUUGCCGCCGGACGGAGGCGGCCAAAAGUGCUAGUCAAGAAUCACAUAUAUACAUAUAUCGAAUAUCGUCUGAUAUCAAUAUCAUCACCGUUAUCGGAACAAAGGAGCCCAGCGCUCCCUCACGUUUUAGCUUGUACAUAUAGCGUAUUUAUAUGUAGUGUUUGUUAAGAGUUGUUUUUCGCGAAGGAUUCAAAUUAUCCGUAUGUAGUGCUUUACAUAGUGCCUUAACUCGUAAUACUAGCUCUUAAGCGGAGAUCAAUGCAUUGUAAAGGAAUUGAAAGCAGAUCAAACCAUUCAGAUGGCACGUGUUAGUUGACAAAAACCAAAAUCACUUUGAAUAAAUGAAUCUCAUUGUUAGAGAUGCAAAAAGUUA